GAACCAAAUAGCUUCGUAACGGUUGUACACCCACGGAAUUCAUUCACAUCUGACACAGGCAAGAUGGCGGAGGGAGAUUCAUGGGAUGCUGACACUUUCGAUCCGGACGAGCCGGCUAUGGUAACCAAGAAGGCUGUUGUGGCAGACAAAUGGGAAGGCGAGGACGAGGAUGAAGAUAUCAAGGAUAACUGGGAUGAUGAAGAGGAGGAAUUAAAGAUUGCAGAAGAGAAAAAAGCAGCAGAGACCAAACUUUCAGAAAAGAAGAAAUUAGCCGAAAAAAUCAAAGAGAAGGAAAGUUUACAAAGGAAAAAACAAGAAGAGUUGAGAAAGAGGUUAGAGGAAUCCCAGGAAACAGAACUAACGCCAGGGGAGGAGCUAGAAGAAAAACUCAGAGUCAAGAAGCUGCAGGAGGAGGCUGAUCUUUUACUGGCCCAGGAAGCUUUCGGUGUGGUCAACAACGUGAAAGGAAUCGAUGCUAUAAGUCCCUCAUCUAAAGAUGACUUCACAGAGUUUGAAAAGUUGUUGAAAGACAAGAUUUCCCCGUAUGAGAGUUCCGUACACUAUUGCGGAUUCCUGGAGUCCCUGUUUCGAGAUCUCUGUCUUUCAUUGGAGGUGGAGGAUUUGAAAAAAGUGAGCAACUCUCUGACAGUGUUACUGGGUGAGAAACAGAAACAGGAAAAGCAGCUUAAUAAAGGGAAGAAGAAGAAGAAGGGCGUGGUUCCCGCAGGAGGGAUGAAGGCCAAGAUGAAGGAUGACCUAGCGGACUACGGAGAGUUUGAUGGGGGCUACGCGCAGGACUACGAGGACUUCAUGUGACGUGACAUUCAGCAUUUGUCUCCAAUGCACCUUAUUCCCUGUGUGCCCUGGUCAAAGGUGCUCUACUAGGGGGUGGGGAGUCAUUUGUGAGGCUUCCACUGUAUUUUCCGUUCCCUCUCAGCUCUGCUGGAGCUAUCCACUUUCAGAGCGUCCCCGAACCCUGACCCAGACAAGAUCCAGUGAAAUCCACUGCCUGCCACAACCAACAAGAUCCUGAAAGAAGUCAUGGGUGGUGUGAUGAAGAACAUUUGACCGCAACGCGGUUGUUUCCAUCAUUACACAUGACCUUUGAUUCCUCAACCUUUUGACCAACGAGUGACGGAACCUUGAGUCCCUUUUGGUAUAAGACUGUCCUGGAUUUAGAAAAUGUAAUCCCCUCCCUCACAGUGACAGGAUGAGGUUGGUUGAAUAAAACGUUGGAAUACUUAUUUGUUACUUCCAAUUCUAAAAUGAAUUCAAUUUGAUCUUAGACAAAAGAAUCCAUUGACAAAAUUCACUCCUACUGUUUGAUAACUGCAAAAAAAAAAAAGAAAAUUGGGUGUUCUAUGCAAAUUUGAUGGCUGUCUCAUGGAAUAUUCCAUUUACUAUAUAUAUUUUACUUGAAGAAGGACAAAUUAUUUGUCUUUCAUCCUUUGGUAUAGAUUACAUUAUUUGAAUGGAGAAAAUGUCCAAAUGAGGCAGUAAAUCCACUUGAGAAAAGCAACAUUGUGAUGAAAAUGUUGGGUACUCUGAGGAAUGUUUGCAUUGUAGUAACAAUUUAUUGAAUAUCUCUAUCUUGAUUAUAAAAUGUGACAUUCCUUCCUUCUACAUCACCCCCUAUAACAUGUUUGGCAGGAUUAUUUUAACAUUAACAAAAGCUUGUUUAGGGAGUGCAUACAACUCUGUGAACACAGACUCAUACACUGCCGAGAUGAAUAGAAUGAAACCACACUGUUAACUGUUACUAUUGAAAUGAGAAAGUGUUCCCAGAAAUAAUUUGCAAUGUUGCAUUUUGGCAGGACUGGAUUUCACUAGUGGUCUGUAAUAGCAAAACUGAGCCUGGAGCAGCACUGUGACUUUGGCUUCAUUCACACAGGCAGAUCUGAUCUGGGAAUGUUGUGUAAACGGCUUCU